GUUACCUAGCAAGUCAUGUAAUUGAUCCCCCUUUCUUCCUGUUCUUUGAACCAAACCAGUAUCCGAAGAACAUAUCGUUGUGCAUUUCCGAUUCAUCAACAGACGGAAGCGAGUCAGAUCCGCACCUAGAAUCUAUACCAUCAAGCUCGCACUUUGACGACUUAACAUGACUAUCGAAUACGAGGUCAAGGGAAAGGUAGCCCUGGUUACAGGAGCCGGAUCUGGCAUCGGUCUAGCCAUCACCCAGCGCCUCCUCAACGAAGGCUGCUCCGUAAUGAUCGCUGACCUCGCCCUACGCCCCGAAGCCGAGACCACCAUCGCAAACUUCGCUCACCCUUCCCCUUCCCCAGACAAAUCCUCGGCCGCCUUCCAUAAAACAGACACGACAAACUGGGCCCAGCUCAAAUCCCUUUGGGCCGCAACCCUCGCGACAUUCGGCCGCGUCGACAUCGUCGUCAACAACGCCGGCAUCUUCGAGCCGCCUUGGUCGUCGUUCUGGAACCCACCCGGCGUCUCACCCGAAUCAAAGGACGAUGCGGACGCCGAAGUAGGGUCGUACCACAUCUUCAACGUCAAUACCAUCGGCCCGAUCCGCCUGGCGCAGAUCGCUAUCGACUACUGGCUGCAGAACCGCGAGGUGAAGGGAAAUCUGCUCUGGGUGUCGAGUAUGGGCGGCUACAUCCACUCCAUCCAGACGCCAUUCUACUUUGCGAGCAAGGCGGCUGUUUUGAGCGUCGUCAAGUCUCUUCAAGGGUUGAAGAAGUUGGUGGGGAUUAGGAACUCUGUCAUCUGUCCUGGACCUACGAGGACACCCCUCUUUGACCAAGAAUUCUGCCGCGAUCGCCUGCCAGCUGAAGACCUCGCCCUAUCGUCCGAGGGCCUCGCCAAUGCAAUGUUCUCGCUGUUGACGGAGGAGCAAUACGGCAACGGCAACGUGCUCGAGAUCAUGAUGGUCGGCAGCAAGGAGGAGCCCAAGAUCCAUACCAAGGAGGUGCAAUUGGAGGCUCUGUACCCGACGGCUAGCCCUAUGGGCGCAGGCACCAAGGCCAUGGAGGCGGAGCUCAACUUCAUGGGCAUGAUUGCAGAGAAGGGCAUGCGGUCUAGUAAUUAG